AUGGCGCAACCUAAGGUCAAUCUGAAUACUGAUCGAAAUGCAGGUGCAAGGAGUCGCAUAAUCCAUACGGAUGUCGCCUGGAAAACAUCCACAAAGACCAUUGAGGUGGCAUUGUUCACAUAUCGAGCCGCCAGAUUUCCCUUGAGGAAUUUUUCAGGGAGAUUAAUCAACUAUCAAUGGUAUGAUAUUAUGUCGGAAUCUACGUAUCCAGAUAACCUCGUUAAAAGGCCUGUUGAAGUCGCAAGCCCUGAAGGUAUCACGGUUAAUAUGAGUCUUGUCUUGGAAUAA